CGGAAGAAGAAAGUCUGUGUGUCAGAAUGAAGAGUGUUUUCCUUGUAUUUAACUUUAUUUUUUGUUGAAAUAAAAUAUUCAUCGUCUUAAUCUAUCAAAAAAAGUACAGUAUCUUUUGUGAAAACUAAAAAUUGAAGAUUCAACAUGAGAAAUGUGAAGGUUAUCCUCACUGUCGAAUUCAUUUUUGAAUUGAUAUUGUGUUGCAAUGGAAAAACCACAACAUCUACAACCCUUUCAACCACAAGUAUGCCGCCAUCAAACAAUCUAACAUCGAAUGCUUCAGUUCCAUUUUCUACGACUGCUCAGAACUCGACAAACUCGACAGGAAGUACUACGAUACUAACCCCGGUUUCCACAACAACUAUUAGUCUUGCGUCAACAAAUAAUAUUACAUCGAACAUGUCGAAUUCUUCGACAACAGUUUCACCAAUCAAUCAAAACACAACCCUUUCAUCACAAAACACAACACUGCUUUCAUCUGUGUCCAGCACCAAGAAUGGUUUGGUCAAUUUAACAACCACAACCCAAAUGACCGGUUUAGUGAGUAUGGAAAACAGAACUAAGACAAUCAGUGGUAAUACCUCGGCAACAAGUAAUACAACUACAACUAAUCAAACAUCUACUUUUUCAUCGACUCAAGCUGUGAAAUUUUACAAUGAAAGCACCAUCUCAACAACAAAGCAACUUGGCAAUAUGAGUAAUGUGUCUUCAAGUCUCAAAACAACGACAACAAUGAAAAUGAUGAACAGUUCGACAAAAACUCCAACCACAACCACUCGGGUCAUUAUUUCAACAACCUUAGCAAAAACAAGUCAAAGACCUAGUACAACCACUGUUCCUAAGGUCUUACCGUCCACUUCCAUAAAAACUACACAAGCUAUGAUGACGUCAUCAAAAAUAACAACGACCAAAUUGAUGGCGGAAUCAACACAUGAUCAAGUCAAGUUAGCCCCUGGAGAAAGCAAGGAUCAUGGCGAUGUCUCCACAACAGUUGCAGUCUCUGUGGUUACUGUCGUCAUCUUCAUCUUGAUUUCGGCUUUGAUAAUCAUCUGCAUCUUAAGAAAACGCUCGAAUUCCAGAGAAAAUCCGAAAAUAAACACAAACACCGGUUUCACACCGACGGUACAUUCUCCAAGCAACAUAAAACUGGAUUUCGAAAAUCUAAAUGACGCAUCCGCACCAGGGGAGUUUCACCACAAAUCUAUGAUUGACCUCGAAUCUCCCACACCCGAAAACGAGGCUUUGCAGACCGUAGCUUUAUUGGAUCAUGCAACGGAUGAGUUUGGCUCAAGAGAAAUAACCACUUUUCACACUAGCAAAAACGAGAAAGAGGAUGAAUUAAACGCAUCUGGGAAUCAAAAUGUUGGGGAUAACAGGAUUCUUCCGACGAUGACUCAUCGGAAGAAGAAGACGAGGAACCGGAAAUGGGGGAGAAGAAUAAUGACAAGCGUCAAGUUAACCCUGAAGAUAAAAGUUUACCGGAAGUAGGGAAUGGUGAAAAGACAGUGAAUAGCAAUUCCGUGUCUGACGUUGCAGUGAAGGAAGAUAGUUCGAUGCCAAUGACAAAUUUUGUUUUGGAAUCUGAAACUCCAAACGCUCUUCCUCAAGAAUCUCAAAGAAAAAGUGUUAAAGUCUCUGAGCUUUGAUAAAAAUGAUGUUAGAUAAAAAACUAACGUGUGUACUUCUACAUUGGGAAAGUGUAAAAUGUACACGAUUUCUCUAAAAGACCUUUACAAUUGUGUAAUUGUCUUUUUUAGAUUUAAGAAACUCAUGUCCUUUUGUAUGCAGUUUGUAUUUUUUUUUUUACCUAAGCGCAAUUUCUUUUUUUCUAUUUUAUUCUUCUUCCUCAAAAAAAUGCAUGUGUUUAUAUAGGACAAAAAAAAUCAAGUUUUAUCGUGAUUGGAAUAUUUUCUGUGCAUAUUUAGAGGACAGAAAUCCCCCCCCCCAGGUUAUGUGGUCGAAGCUUUAUUUUUGGGAGGGGACGGGGGUGUUAUAAUAUUGUUACAAAAAAGGAAACAAAACACAAAAAAACUGUAUUUGAAUAUAAUAAGACUUAAUUCAGUUUUUUGGGGAUUUGUUUUGCUUAUAUCUAUGUCCAAAUAUCAAAUACUGGUAAUACAAUGAAUAGAAAAACGUAAUACGUAAUUUUUGAAAUAUAGAAAGGUUUAAAAUUGGUUCAAACAUGCAUACAAACUCAUUUCUUAUGGACUUUCUCCUAGGUUCAAAUUAACGUAUACAUUACCAGUUAAACAUUUCAAGCUACGGUUUACCAGGAAGUUAACGUAUAUCUAGGACAAUCAAUACACUAAUUUCAUACACUUCCUGCU